AUGCAUUCCUCAGGUUAUGUGGCAGUAGUCGUCAUCACUGAUUUUCUAGACAUUGACCUCACCAUCAUUUCUUGUACAAGUACAUUAUAUCUCUGUGACCACGUGUCCAUAAGCCUAUUUGGCAAGAACAUCAAGUGUUUGCCCCACGAUCCUGGCAGCCCCUGGCCCCGCCUCCGCGUUGCCUGGCAACACAGCGGCGCGGGACGCGGUGCGUCGAGGUACGUCGAGGUGCGUCGAGGUGCGUCCGAGGCCCUCGUCCCCUCCCCCUCCGGGUGGGCGGUGGAAACCGCUGCGCCUGCCGCGGGCUGUCCUCGGCUCCGAGGAGGCUGUGGGGUCCGGAGGCCCUCGCCGGGGCCCGGCGACGGCGGCGCGCGAAAGUCGAGGUUGACCAUCAUGCAGUGUAUGAAGACAUUUCUGUACACUGUAGUGAGAAACCGGAAAGGAAAUGAAGAAAACAGUUCCAUGUAUGAUCACAUCAAAAAGAAUGAAAUACUUAGGAAUAAAGUAACCAAGGCGGCAAACGACUUGUACACUGAGCACUACAAAACGUUGCUGAAAGAGAUUAAAGAAGACGAUCCAAAUGAAGAUACAGAAUGGAAUGAAAUUUUAAGAGAUUUUGGCAUUCUGCCUCCAAAAGAAGAGCCAAAAGAUGAAAUUGAAGAAAUGGUUUUACGUUUGCAGAAAGAAGCAAUGGUUAAACCAUAUGAAAAGAUGACUCUUGCACAGUUGAAGGAAGCUGAAGAUGAAUUUGAUGAUGAAGAUAUGAGAGCUAUUGAAACAUAUAGAGAAAAGCGGUUACAGGAAUGGAAAGCUCUUAAGAAAAAACAAAAAUUUGGGGAGUUGAGAGAAAUUUCUGGAAAUCAGUAUGUGAAUGAAGUCACAAAUGCAGACAAAGAUGUAUGGGUUAUAAUUCAUCUAUACAGAUCAAGCAUUCCAAUGUGUUUGUUGGUUAACCAGCAUCUUAGUCUUCUAGCAAGAAAGUUUCCAGAAACUAAAUUUGUUAAAGCCAUCGUGAAUAGCUGCAUUCAACACUACCAUGACAAUUGUUUACCAACAAUUUUUGUUUAUAAAAACGGUCAGAUAGAAGGCAAAUUCAUUGGAAUUAUAGAAUGCGGAGGGAUAAAUCUCAAGCUAGAAGAACUUGAAUGGAAGCUAGCAGAAGUUGGAGCAAUACAGACUGAUUUGGAAGAAAACCCCAAAAAAGGCAUUGUAGAUGUGAUGGUAUCUUCAAUCAGAAACACUUCUAUUUAUGAUGACACUAAUAGUUCAAACAGUGAUGAUGAUGAUACCAAAUAGAGGAAAAUAAUUAAUAAAUCGCUUU